GAAAACAAACUCUUACAAAUCACCAAUCCUUUUUGUUUCUGAAUUUCAAUUGGGAUCAUGACUUUGGAGAAUGAUCAAUCUCUGAAGGAUGAGAGGGCGGCGAUUAGGUUGGAGGAGCUCAAUGAAUGGCUUCCGGUCACAUCGUCUCGCAAAGCGAACUGGUGGUACUCCGCAUUUCACAAUGUCACUGCCAUGGUCGGUGCCGGCGUCCUCGGUCUACCUUAUGCCAUGUCACAGCUUGGAUGGGGUCCCGGUGUAACUGUAAUCGUACUCUCAUGGAUCAUUACUCUCUACACCUUAUGGCAAAUGGUGGAAAUGCACGAAAUGGUGCCCGGAAAGAGACUGGACAGGUACCACGAGCUGGGGCAGCAUGUUUUCGGCGAAAAACUCGGGCUUUGGAUAGUUGUACCUCAACAGCUCAUGGUGCAAGUCGGGAGCGACAUAGUGUACAUGGUCACUGGAGGAAAAUGUCUCAAGAAAUUCGCUGAUACGGUGUGGCCCAAUAACCCACCAAUCAAAACCACUUAUUUCAUAAUGAUAUUUGGGGCUGUUCAAUUGGUGCUGUCUAAUUGCCCGAGUUUGAACUCCAUUGCAUUCGUCUCUUUGGUUGCUGCAGUCAUGUCCUUGAGUUAUUCUACUAUAGCUUGGGUGACUUCACUUCACAAGGGUGUUCAACCAGACGUGAAAUACACCCUUAGGGCUUCAACUACUGCAGGAAGUGUGUUCGAUUUCUUGAGUGCUUUAGGGGAGGUGGCAUUUGCCUUCGCUGGGCAUAGCGUGGUAUUGGAAAUCCAAGCAACCAUCCCAUCUACUCCAGAAAAUCCGUCAAAGAAACCCAUGUGGAAAGGAGUAGUAGUAGCCUAUAUUAUAGUGGCGUUAUGCUACUUCCCAGUUUCUAUGAUUGGUUUUUGGGUGUUCGGAAACAGUGUUGAUGAUAAUGUGCUCUUGUCACUAGAGAAGCCUGCUUGGCUUGUUGCUACUGCUAAUAUGUUUGUUGUAUUCCAUGUCAUUGGGAGUUAUCAGGUAUUUGCACAACCAGUGUUUGACAUGAUUCAAGCUUUCUUGGUAUUGAAAAUGAAUUUUAAGCCAACUGGAUUGCUUCGUUUUGUAGCGCGUAUCUCUUAUGUUGCACUUUCUAUGUUCAUUGGGAUGACAUUCCCUUUCUUCGGUGGGCUGCUCGCUUUCUUUGGAGGCUUUGCAUUUGCUCCAACAAGCUACUUUCUUCCUUGUAUCAUGUGGCUUAUCAUCUACAAACCUAAAAGGUUCAGCUUAUCUUGGUUUACAAAUUGGAUAUGCAUCAUACUUGGCGUCCUAUUGAUGAUUUUAGCCCCGAUCGGUGCAUUAAGGGGGCUUAUACUACAAGCAAAGGACUUCCAAUACUAUUCUUGAUGAUCUUCCAGAAUGUAUGAGGGGUAAACUAGAUUUCAAUUUAGUAAUAAAAAGUUAUUGCCAUCUAGUUUUCUACAUGAUGGCACAUCUUCCCCAUUUUUGUGA